AUUUGCAUAAGAUAUACAUGUCUGCGAUACAUUAUAUAGUUAAGAAUUUGAAGUGAGGGUUAAUAGAAGAGAGAUAUGGAGGAAUAUAGACUUGGAGAGCUGAGACACAUCCUGACGACGGUUUUCCUGUCGGGAUUCGCCGAUUUCUUGCUAAGGCCUGUGAUAACUGACGUUACCGUCGCCGCGGUUUGCGCCGGCCAAAAGGAUUCAUGUUCUCUCGCCGUCUACCUCACCGGAGUACAACAAGUGGCGGUAGGACUCGGGACAAUGUUCAUGAUGCCAGUGAUUGGGAAUUUUGCUGACAGAUAUGGAAUCAAAAUACUACUCACUCUUCCCAUGUGCCUUUCUAUUCUUCCUCCAGCGAUAUUAGGGUAUAGAAGGGAUACCAGUUUUUUCUAUGCAUAUUAUAUAAUCAAGAGUCUAUUCGAUAUGGUCUGCGAAGGUACCGUUGACUGUCUCGCCUAUGCUUAUGUGGCCAAAAAUGUUCAUGGCAGAAAAAGAAUAUCAAUGUUUGGAGUUUUAGCUGGUGUCAGAUCGAUUUCCGGAGUUUGUGCAACAUUCUCAGCUCGUUUCCUACCCAUUGCUUCGACUUUUCAGGUUUCAGCUAUGUCACUAUUCGUUGGCCUAGUGUACAUGAGAAUUUUCCUAAAAGAGAGAUUACACAAUAAUGAUGAUUAUAACUAUGAAGAAGAGGUUGGUCAUGGUGGUGGUAGAAAUGAUCAAGAGGUUCAUGAUGGUGGUAAUCUAAAGAUGUUGGCGGAGCCGAUUCUAAGAGACGCACCAAUUAAGACACAUGUCUUCAACACUAAUUAUUCCUCUCUAAAAGAUAUGGUCAGCUUGAUAAAGAAUAGCACCAUACUCAUUCAAGCAUUGGUUGUUACAUUCUUUGCUACCUUCUCGCAAAGUGGAAUGGGGUCUGCUUUCAUGUAUUUUCUGAAAGCCCGUUUUGGGUUCAACAAAAAUGACUUUGCUGAGCUCUUGCUGUUGGUUAACAUAAUUGGCUCCAUCUCCCAGCUGUUUAUAUUGCCGAUAUUGGUUUCUGCCAUUGGGGAACGUAAGGUGUUAUCAACAGGGCUUCUUAUGGAAUUUUUAAACGCAGCUUGUCUUAGUGUUGCGUGGUCAGCAUGGGUUCCUUAUGCGACGACCCUACUUGUACCCGGAGUCAUGUUCGUGAUGCCAUCUGUUUGUGGUAUUGCCUCAAGACAAGUUGGAUCCAGUGAACAGGGCAAGGUCCAAGGAUGCAUAUCCGGAGUAAAAGCUUUUGCUGGAGUUGUGGCUCCAUUUUUAUUUAGUCCAUUGACAGCGUUGUUUCUCUCCGAAAAUGCACCGUUCUAUUUUCCUGGAUUCAGCCUUCUAUGCGUCGCCUUCUCUUUGAUGAUCGGAUUCCUUCAGAGUCUUCUGAUAAAAGAGCAUCCACCUUUGCUGUUAACCAACAUAACAAUCAACAACCCUUCAGAAGUACAACAAGAGAUAUAUCAUGAAGCAUAUGUAUCUUGAAUGUUGUACAAAUUUGCUUCAAGAGUUCAUUUGCAACAAACAGAGAGCUAGUUGUUAACAAUAACUUAGUUUUCUUACAAAAAUCAUUAUGACAGAUGUUUAUUUUUCUUUGGUACGACUUAAAAAUCAUUUAUUUU